AGAGGAUUUAACAACGGGAUUUAUUUUUGUAAUGAGACAGUUGGAGAAUUUGGAGAUUUGGUUGAGGAUAAUAUUUUUUACGGUCAUCUCCCUCGUAAUUUUGACUGGGAUAGUUUUGAUAAAGAAUAUACGAAGCGAUUGGAUUUAGAAUUACGAGACAACAUUGGAAUUAACACAGCGAAAAAGAAAGUUGAAUAUAACGAAGAAAUAAAAAAAGGCGAAAGUGAGUUUGGUAGUUUUCGGUGUAGCAAUUUUAAUAAUUGUGAAACUGAAAGCCAAGAUAAAAACGAUUUUUAUGAGUGUAAAGAGUGCGAUGAGGAUAGUGAGAUUUGUAUAUUUUGCCGUCUUUGCGAUGGUUGUAAUAAGAAUGCUGUUGAGGCUGAUGAAGGAGAAGGUGAGAUUUGUGGAGGUUGCGUUGAAGCAAAAAAGACCGAGGGAGAUUUUGAGGAAAAAGAGCGAGAAAUAAACCCAGCAGAAUUAAGGCGAAAGAUAAAUCAAAUAAACAACAUUAAAAAGCAGCAAAAAGCAUUACAACAAAAACUAGAAACGACCGAGGAACAGUUGGAUAAUUUUUUAGAAUGGUUUAGCGACCAGAGAGAUAUUUGCUAUAUUGGUCUUUUAGAGUGUAAAAAAUGUGGUAAAGAUAAAGAAAUCGGUUGGGUUUUUAGUAAGUAUUGUGAAAGGUGUGAAAAGAAUGGGGUUGAUAAAAAUAAAGAAAAAGAGAAGAAACGAAAUCUCCAAAUUCUCCAACUGUCUCAUUACAAAAAUAAAUCCCGUU